AUGUCUCGUAGUGCUUUAGUUACAGGAGCAGCUCAAGGUAUGGGACGUGCAAUUGCUUUACGUCUUGCUAGAGAUGGACUCAAUAUUGCUAUCAAUGAUAUUAAUUCAAAUACCAUUCAACUUAAUGAUAUUCAAAAGACAAUAGAAAAAAUGGGUCAAAAAUCCAUUGUAAGUACUGCAGAUGUGUCAAAUGAGAAAGCAGUCUCAACAAUGAUGAAGAAUGUAGUUAAAGAAUUAGGAAGUUUAGAUGUCGCAAUUGCUAAUGCAGGAAUUUGUUCAAUAAAGCCACUCAUUGAAAUUACGGCAGACGAAUGGGAUACAGUAUUAGCUACUAAUCUACGUGGUGUUUUUCUUUGUUAUAAAGAAGCUGCUAAAGUGAUGAUUGCUCAAGGUACAGGUGGUAAAAUUAUUGGUGCUUGUAGUAUGGUUGCCUAUCGAUCAACUACACUGGCAAGUCAUUAUAUUGCUAGUAAAUGGGGUGUACGUGGUCUUACCCAAGCUGCUGCUCUAGAAUUAGCUCAACAUAAAAUAACAGUCAAUGCUUAUUGUCCUGGUUAUGUCGAAACUAAGCUGAUCGAUUCCGUUACUCAAGAAUUCACUAAAUAUCAGGGUACAACACAAGAUGAAGUCAAGAAAAAUUUCGUACAAAUGAUUCCUCUUAGACGUCCUGCUCAACCAGAUGAUAUUGCAAAUUUUGUAUCAUAUCUUGCUAGUAAAGAUUCGGAUUAUAUGACUGGACAGAGUGUUAUAGUAGAUGGAGGAUUUGUAUUAACCUAA